AUGGAUGAUGUCGGCGUUGCACCUGACCAGACGACCAUGCUUGAAAAACCAAGCAUGGGUUCGGGUGUGAGAGCAGGUCAAGGGGAAGCAAGGGGGGUAGCAGAGGGGGUAGUAGUAGGAGGGGGAGGCUUACCAGCAGCUAGGGGUGAUGUGCAAGGGGGGGUUGGGACAGACAUCCUAGCCUCCCGACUCCGCCACCAUCCACCCGGCCUCACCCUCUCCUCACAUCCCCCAACUUCCUCCAUUUCCCCACCUUCUCACGCCCCCUCCACUCAAAACCCACCCCUCACCACCGCUCUCCACCUCCGCCCAAACCUUCAAUUCGACUUCUCCAUCUUCGCAGAGUCAUCCCUCCGUUGCGUGGGCGUCCCCUCACAGUCCAGCAGGGAGGAGGAGAGGGAGCGGCGCCUGCGGCAACACGUGUUGGCGCUAGCAGAGGCGCACGCAGUGGGGGACUGGGCGCUGGUGCGGAGGUGGGGGAAGAAGGUGCGGGGGGAGGCGAGUGCGGAGGGGGAUGUGGUGCAGCGCGUGGCAUGGUACAUGCUGCAGGCUCUGGAGGCGAGGGCGGAUGGCACUGCUGUUGUCAAGUGGCGAGCACCUAUUGAGUUCCAAGUGAAGGUGAGAAGGUGGGGUGUUGGUUGGGGAGGGUGGCAGCGCAUGGCAUGGUACAUGCUGCAGGCUCUGAAGGCGAGGGCGGACGGCACUGCUGCUGUCAAGUGGCGAGCACCCAUCGAGUUCCAAGUCAAGCCCUUUGUUUCUUACGCUCUCAGCCUCCCAUCAUCUUCCCCUUUCUCCCACGCACAGUCUGUGCCAGAUGCGGUGGCUGCAGUGGGCUAUCCGGACAGGACUACUGACCAACAUUGCAAGCACCUCAAAACACCUCCCUCUAUCCCUUUUUCCUCUCUUACACAGAGCGCAAUAGAUGUGAUGGCAGCAAUGGGGCGCUCGUACGAGACCAGUAUCUCUGCAGAAGAUAUGAUGGCAGCAGUGGGCCACUCCCAUGAGACCAGCAUCGUGUGGAUCAACUUUGCCUUUGCUGCUCUCCUCCAUGAGGUGCCUCUGCAGCUCGACUCUGCCCUCGACGCCUCCACCUUCGGCCACCAGUUCUUCGGGCAGCUCGCAAAAGUUUUGGGGCUGCCCUUGACGUUUGAGAUGGUGGAUGUGCCUCUGGAGUCGCUGCAUCCAGGCAUGGUGAAGGUUCAUCCGGGGGAGGAGGUGGUGGUGGUCUCCCUCUGGACGCUCAUGCUCUUUCCAGAUGACUCGGUUCUCCGGCACAACCCACGAGAUGCCGUGCUCAAGUGGAUCCAAGCCCUCAAGCCCCGCCUUGUCCUCCUAGCAGAGGUCGACGCGGCCCUCAAUGGCCCCUUCUUCCUCGCCCGCGUCCGCGAAAUCUUCCGCACCAUGCUUGCUUUCAUCUCAGCCGUCCAUGCCACCAUGCCCGAUUCCGCGAUCUCGCCCGUCCGUUUCAUCUGGGAGGGGCUGAUGUUCCGCGAGCUCAUCAACUGCGUCGGAUGCGAGGGGAUCCAACGGCUGAUACGCGCCGAGAGGCUGGAGCAGUGGGAGGAGCGGAUGGGGAGGUUAGGGUUUGAGGAGGUGGGGCUGGGGAGGGAAGCAUUGGCUGCUAUGAGGGAGACUACGGAGGGAAGGGAUGGGAGAUUUGAAGUGGUGUCGGUGGGGGGUGCAGCGAGGCUCAUGUGGAAAGGACAGCCGGUGCUGGCUGCAGAGCAGAGCGCACAAGGGCGCGGGCAGCAGCAGGGCGCACGAGGGCGCGGGCAGCAGCAGAGCGCACGAGGGCGCAGGCAGAGCAGAGCGCACAAGGGCGCGGGCAGCAGCAGGGCGCACGAGGGCGCGGGCAGCAGCAGAGCGCACGAGGGCGCAGGCAGAGCAGAGCGCACAAGGGCGCGGGCAGGAGCAGGGCGCACGAGGGCGCGGGCAGCAGCAGAGCGCACGAGGGCGCAGGCAGAGCAGAGCGCACAAGGGCGCGGGCAGCAGCAGGGCGCACGAGGGCGCGGGCAGCAGCAGACGGCAACGGGCGGCACAGGCACGGGCAGCAACGGGCGGCAACAGGCAGCACAGGCAUGGGCAGCAACGGGCGGCAACAGGCAGCACAGGCACGGGCAGCAACGGGCAGCACAGGCACGGGGAGCAACGGGCGGCAACGGGCAGCACAGGCAUGGGCAGCAACAGGCAGCACAGGCACAGGCAGCAACAGGCAGCAACGGGCAGCACAGGCACGGGCAGCAACAGGCAGCAACGGGCAGCACAAGCACGGGCAGCAACGGGCAGCAACGGGCAGCACGGGCACGGGCAGCAACAGGCAGCAACAAGCAGCACAGGCACGGGCAGCAACGGGCGGCAACGGGCAGCACAGGCACGGGCAGCAACGGGCGGCAACAGGCAGCACAGGCACGGGCAGCAACAGGCAGCAACAGGCAGCACAAGCACAGGCAGCAACAGGCAGCAGCGGGCAGCACACGCACGGGCAGCAACGGGCGGCAACGGGCAGCACCGGCACGGGCAGCAACGGGCGGCAACGGGCAGCACAGGCACGGGCAGCAACGGGCGGCAACAGGCAGCACAGGCACGGGCAGCAACGGACAGCACAGGCACGGGCAGCAACGGGCAGCAACGGGCAGCACAGGCACGGGCAGCAACGGACAGCAACGGGCAGCACGGGCACGGGCAGCAACAGGCAACAACAAGCAGUAG